UUAUGUGCCCUUAUAUAUAGCAUAUUUUCCAUACUCCCAUAGGCCGGCCGGCCCUUAUCCGUAUACUGGUCCUUCGUCCUCCUUCUCAUCAUUUUCCUUCCUUGGGAAUUCUUGGUCUCCGAGCUACUCCAUGAAUGCCUGCGCUCUGAACUCGAUGGAGAUGAAGGCGAAGCCGGCGAGGGGCGGGAAGAGGAGCAGGGCGAGCGGCGGCACGGCGGUGGUGCUGCUGGAGAAGAAGGAGUCCGAGAAGGAGAGGAGGAAGCGCAUGAAGGGGCUCUGCGAGAAGCUCGCAUCCCUCAUCCCAAGAGAACACUGCUGCUCCAGCACUGAUACAAUGACCCAGCUAGGCAGCCUGGAUGUUGGGGCGUCAUACAUCAAGAAGCUGAAGGAGAGGGUCGAUGAGCUACAACGUAGGAGGAGCUCCGUGCAGGCCUUCGACACAUUAAAAGGAGAUACUAGUAUCCCAACGCCCACUACCACGACUACCACAAGCAGUGGUCCUGGGUCGCCAGAAGAAGAGAAAGCUUGGGAGGCAUCGGAACCGGUAUUGCAGGUGCGGCAACACGACGAUUCAAGCAUGGAGGUGAGACUAAUAUGCUGCAUGGAGAGGCCGAUCAAGCUCCAUGAGGUAAUCACCAUCCAUGAGGAAGAAGGUGCUGAGAUCAUCAACGCCAAUCACUCGGUUGCUGGCCACAAAAUGUUCUACACUAUACACUCUCGGGCCUUCAGCUCGAGAAUUGGCAUAGAUGUUUCAAGGGUUUCUGAACGACUGGGAGCAUUGAGCCGACUCUUUUCGCACGAAAAGCAGGCACCAUCGUGCAUGCGCAGCAUUGAGGUCCCCAAGUACACUGAUGGGACCAACGUAACUCCUCCCAAGGAGCUCAUCAGCAACAACGAUAUAGGUGGAACUAAUAAGGUACCCAACCCCGAGUGUGAGUAUUGGGCUGAGCAAGAUCAAUUGAUGUGGAGUUCCCUUCUUGUGUCAAUAUCAACAGAGUUAAUCGAGUAGGUGUGGGUUGUGUCAACCAUGGUUGAGCCUUGGUCUACCUUUGGGUGCAUGUUCUCCGCUCAUCCAUGUAACUAGAAAAUAUGAGGAAGAAUGUCUCUUGGUAAAUGACUACUUCAACAAAGUAAAGGAACUCGUCAAACUAUGGCCAUGCUAGUAUCUCCUCUCGCCAAAGAUGACAUGGCCUCCUAUGUGUUCUGUUACAAUCCCUCGUUGUCAUUGAUCACAACUCAAACAGACCCAGUAUCCCUUGGUGAGUUGUAUUAUCAUGUACUUUCUUUUCAAAUCAUGUUGGAGCAGCCAUACCUCUGCUUCCAAGGCAA